GAUGGUAAAUGUUCUUCCUCAGUUCUUCUGAAUCGCCUUUAUUGUCAAACUUCCUUCUUUCGUGGGAAGAAAAUCAACCAAGUUUACAAAACGGCGUCGUCCCAAAGAAAAAUACGAUAAAAAAAAGGACAGAACGACGUCGCUCCGGUUUUAAUUAGGCAUUUUUAUAAUCUCUAGUCUAAAGAAUGUAUAUAAAUCCAAAAAAAUAAAGAAAAUAAAACGGCCCAACAAGGCCCAAAUUCGAAGCAGAAGACACGAAGUUGAGCCCAAGAGUAAGGCUCAUCGAGGCCAUCGGGCCCAGUAGCCCACGUGCCAACUGCCAAAUAUCUAUCGACGGUAGACAAGCAAACAAGCAGUCAAGCAGAGAGACUCUUGUGUUUAACGGCCAAACCGCAAAAAGCUGGCUCAGUAUAAUAAUCUCCUCUCUUCUCCUCGUUUUCCUUAUAACGUUCUCCUUCUUUGAUCCCCUCUUUCUCCCAUUCCUGCAAGAAAUCUCAUAUUCUGAACUCACUUCCUGGUAAAUUGAACACUUCCGACUCUUGUUUGAUUUCAGCUAAAUUUUCGCGAAUGUGUUCCAUUGUUUGAAACUGUAACUGGACAGAGUUCAUGAUUCUGUCUCCUAGAAACCGCGCCUUCUUCAACGAACUUGUUCAACAUACCAAACAGAAGAACAUCCAGAAGGGCAGAACUGUACACGCGAAGAUAAUCAAAACUGGUUCCUUUUCUUGCAUAUACAUCUCCAAUAGCCUCGUCAAUUUCUAUGCGAAGUGCGGUCACUUAUCUCAAGCCAACUUAGCGUUUGAAGAAAUAACCAACAAAGACGUGGUCUCAUGGAACGCCUUAAUCAAUGGCUACUCUCAACAGGGUCUCACGGGCUCGCUCCUUGUUAUAAAGCUAUUCCAGCACAUGAGGGCAGAGAAUGCCUUACCAAAUGCACACACUUUUGCUGGCGUUUUCACUGCCGCUUCUUGGUAUUUAUCGAGCGCGUCAGUUGGUCAGCAAGCUCAUACGCUUGCAAUCAAGACUGCAACAUUUUAUGAUGUCUAUGUUGGGAGUUCUCUUCUCAACUUCUAUUGCAAGGCGGGUCUUGUUUUGGAGGCUCGCAAAUUGUUUGAUAAAAUGCCUGAGAGGAAUGCGGUGUCUUGGGCUACUAUGAUAUCUGGGUAUGCUAUUCAACGGUUGGCAGUGGAGGCUUUGGGGCUUUUUGAGUUGAUGCGUAGUAAAGGUGAGGGUGAGGAGAAUGAAUUUGUGUUUACAAGCCUACUUAGUGCUUUGGUUGUUCCUGAAAUCGUUAAUAGUGGUAGGCAAAUACAUGGUCUUGCAGUUAAGAAUGGGUUAUUGUCGUUUGUAUCUCUUGGAAACGCUCUUGUUACUAUGUAUGCAAAAUGUGAGAGCAUGGGUGAUGCAUUUCAAAUCUUUGAAUUAUAUAAUGAGAAAAAUACGAUUACAUGGUCAGCCAUGAUCACUGGUUAUGCUCAAAGUGGGGAUUCUGAGAAAGCUUUGAAAUUGUUUUCUAAGAUGCAUUUUUCUGGGAUGAAGCCCAGUGAGUUCACCCUCGUUGGGGUUCUUAAUGCUUGUAGCGACAUUGGUGCUUUUAAGAAAGGAAAACAAGUACACAGCUAUUCAUUGAAGUUGGGGUUUGAGCCUCAAAUAUUUAUAAUGACAGGAUUGGUUGACAUGUAUGCAAAAUGUGGCUGUACAGUAGAUGCUCGGAGAGGGUUUAAUCUUCUGCAAGAACCUGACAUUGUUCUUUGGACUUCCAUGAUUGCGGGGUAUGUGCAGAAUGGGGAGAAUGAAGAAGCCUUGAGCAUGUAUUGCAGAAUGCAGAUGGACGGGAUUUUGCCCAAUGAAAUAACUAUGGCCAGUAUUCUAAAAGCAUGUGCAAGCCUUGCUGCUUUGGAACAGGGAAAGCAAAUUCAUGCCCGUACUCUCAAAUAUGGAUUUAGUCUAGAAGUUCCAAUUGGAAGUGCCCUUUCAACCAUGUAUGCGAAGUGUGGGAAUCUGGAAGAUGGGAACCUUGUCUUUAGGAGGAUGCCUGCGAGGGAUGUAGUCUCAUGGAAUGCUAUGAUAUCUGGCCUUUCUCAGAAUGGACGUGGGGAAGAAGCUUUGGAACUUUUUGCGGAGAUGAUAGUGGAGGGCACAAGGCCAGACUAUGUUACAUUUGUAAACAUUCUCUCGGCUUGUAGUCACAUGGGAUUGGUGGACAGAGGCUGGACUUAUUUUAGAAUGAUGUUUGAUAAAUUCGCCAUAGCUCCAAGCGUAGAGCAUUAUGCUUGCAUGGUUGACAUCCUAAGCCGUGCUGGAAGGCUCAGUGAGGCUAAAAACUUUAUUGAAUCUGCUACCAUAGAUCAUCACAUGUGUUUAUGGCGUAUUUUAUUGAGUGCUUGUCGAAACUACCGCAAUUAUGAAUUGGGAGCAUAUGCUGGAGAGAAACUGAUGGAGUUGGGCUCACUAGAAUCAUCUGCUUAUGUAUUGCUGUCGAGUAUCUACACUUCCUUGGGCAGGUCAGACGAUGUUGAGAGGGUCAGGAAGACGAUGAAACUUAGAGGGGUGAGUAAAGAGCCUGGGUGUAGCUGGAUUGAGAUUAAGAGUAAAGUUCAUGUGUUUGUUGUGGGAGACGAAAUGCAUCCCCAGGUUGGAGAAAUACGUGUAGAACUACGAAGGUUACUUAAACAAAUGAAGGAUAAAGGCUACAAGCCUACUCUAGAUUAUCCUUCUGCUACCAUUUCAGUUUGAAGGGCUGAGCCUCAAAGCUAGAACUAGUGACAGUAUUCAGUUGGAGCAGCAUUACCGAAGUACAUGGUAUGUUGGGCACAGUUGCUACGAUUGUUAGGGAAGAAGGUCUGUCUGCACUCUAGAAACGCAUUGUACCAGGGCUACAUCGUCAAUGCCUGUCUGGGGGUUUAAGAAUUGGGCUAUAUGAGCUGAUUAAGACCAUAUAUGUGGGAAAAGACUUCGUUGGAGAUUUUCCUUUGUCCAAGAAGAUUCUUGCUGCAUUUACAACCGGAAGGAGUUGAUGCUCUCCGGACUGGACUUGGACCCAAUAUAGCAUGGAAUGGCAUUAUAAAUGCCGCUGAAUUAGCUAGCUAUCAUCAAGUGAAGCAGUUGGACUAGAUGCAUCAAGGCAACAAAACUGUAUUUUCCCAUUUAACAUUUCUGCCAACUUACAGUUUUUGAUAUCAGUCAUCUGUGAAUUCAUACUGCACUCUAAAUUUAGAGUGUUUUUGGUUGAGUUUUGAGUAAAAUAUGGUUUACAUCAGUUACUCUAAAAUUUCUCCGAAAUUGCAGUUUUAAACAGUAAACCCCUAGAAGUAGAGUUACUCCAUUUAAAAUUUCAUACGGUAUUAUUAUUUGGUUAAGAAAGCUGUAAAUAUAGAGAAUCUGUUAAGAAGAGCCGACAACGCAAAUGGUCUUGUAGUGUAAAUGUCAUAAAAUCUGUCCUCUCUUCAUAUUUCGGGUCCAACUCCUAUGCCAUUCAUUUCUUUCAUCAAAAAACCUUAAAACUCUGCAAUGGAAAUAAAGAUACAAUAGCCACAAAAUUACUUUCCCUCCCAAAAAAAAA